GCGACAGCACGCCUCCUGAAGCAGAAAUUCGUGUGGCACAUCUCCAGAGACGCAAAGGAUUGGGUUCGAUCCUGCACUGCCUGUCAAACCUCCAAAAUUCAGUGACAUACCGAAAUGAGCCCAAGAUCUUUCCACUAGACGCGUUUUGCACACUUCCACGUCGUAAUGGGUCCCCUACCGCCAUGAGAAGGACAUCGCUACACCAUAGUGGACAGUUCAACUAGAUGGCCUGAAGCUAUUCCUAUGUCCAACGUCUGUUCCGCCUUCUGCGCCGCCGCUCUGCUCUCCGGGUGGAUUUCGAGAUUCGGCAUCCCUGCCCACAUAACGUCCGACCGGGGCACCUCUUUCACUUCGCAGCUCUGGACGUCCCUGGGACAGCUAUUGGGCACCCCCAUCUAUCACACCACGGCCUACAACCCAGAAGCUAACAGCAUGGUAGAGCGUUUCCACAGAACCCUGAAAGUUGCCCUGAUGUCUCAAUGUAGCAACUCAAUGUGGUUUUCGCAACUUCCCUGGGUCCUCCUCGGCCUUCGAACGACUCCAAAAGAAGGGAUCGACGUCUCCCCAGCAGAGAUGGUUUUCGGCGACCCCCUCGUGGUUCCCGGCGAAUUCUUCCCCAAUGCUCCAUCCAGCAAUGACAUCGCCAGACUACGACGCAUCGUCGGGAAGUUCGCCCCCUGCAAACAGACCUACAGGUCCCAAAGAUCUACGCACGACGAAUACAGUUCUCCAGGGCGGGCCGCCCCUCUCACAUAUCUUGGGGCAUCUUCGCUGACGGGGGAGUAUUGUAACCGCUUGGUCGCUAGUUUGCUCGACCCCACGGUAACAAGCGAUGAUCGCACGAGUGGAUGGCCGCUUGCUAUUCGCCACGCCUCGAUCACGCGAGGGGUGGCCGCUUGUGAUUAUUCGUUAGCCACGGCUACAGGCUCUUGA